CACGCGCACACACACUGCGGGCUGCAAUCCCCCGCCGUCGGGAGAGGUGUUGGGCCUCCCUCCCACCGGGACUAUCGCGAUAGCUGAAGAUCCCUGUGGGAUCGCGACCCUUCCUGGGAGAUGGAGGGGGGAGGUUGAUUCUGCUUUAGGAUAAUGGCAGGAAAAGUAAAGUGGGUAACUGACAUAGAAAAAUCUGUUCUAAUAAACAACUUUGAAAAAAGAGGCUGGAUCCAGGUGGCAGAAAAUGAAGACUGGAAUUUUUAUUGGAUGAGUGUGCAAACAAUCAGAAAUGUUUUCAGUGUGGAAACUGGUUACCGCCUCUCUGAUGACCAAAUUGUCAAUCAUUUCCCAAACCAUUAUGAACUGACCAGAAAAGAUUUGAUGGUAAAGAAUAUCAAGCGAUAUAGGAAAGAACUUGAGAAAGAAGGAAGUCCUCUUGCUGAAAAGGAUGAAAAUGGGAAAUAUAUUUAUUUGGAUUUUGUUCCUGUUACUUUUAUGCUUCCUGCCGAUUAUAAUCUCUUUGUUGAAGAAUUCAGAAAAAAUCCCUCCAGCACUUGGAUUAUGAAACCUUGUGGCAAAGCUCAAGGAAAAGGAAUAUUUCUAAUCAAUAAACUCUCCCAAAUUAAAAAAUGGUCUCGAGAUAGCAAAACAUCUUCGUUUGUAUCUCAGUCUUCCAAAGAAGCCUAUGUGAUUUCUCUCUAUAUCAACAAUCCCCUGCUUAUUGGUGGAAAGAAAUUUGAUCUUCGUCUUUAUGUUUUAGUAUCUACAUAUCGUCCACUGAGAUGUUACAUGUAUAAACUUGGAUUUUGCCGGUUUUGCACAGUAAAAUAUACACCAAGUACAAGUGAGUUGGAUAACAUGUUUGUACAUCUUACAAAUGUUGCCAUUCAGAAACAUGGGGAUGAUUACAAUCAUAUCCAUGGAGGCAAGUGGACAGUGAGUAACUUACGCCUAUAUCUGGAGAGCACCCGUGGAAAGGAAGUCACAAACAAGUUAUUUGAUGAAAUUCACUGGAUAAUUGUGCAGUCACUGAAGGCUGUUGCGCCUGUAAUGAAUAAUGAUAAACACUGCUUUGAGUGUUAUGGAUAUGACAUUAUCAUUGAUGACAAGCUUAAACCGUGGCUAAUUGAGGUUAAUGCUUCCCCUUCUCUUACUUCCAGUACUGCUAAUGACCGCAUCUUGAAGUAUAAUCUUAUUAAUGAUACGCUAAACAUUGCUGUGCCUAAUGGGGAAAUUCCAGACUGUAAAUGGAAUAAAUCUCCACCAAAAGAGGUUCUUGGCAAUUAUGAAGUCUUAUACGAUGAAGAGAUGGCGCAAAGUGAUGGCCCUGAUCGUGACUUGCGAGGUCGUUCUGGGCAGUCCACAGGAGUAAAAGGAAAUCGUGCAAGAGAUUCAGGAAAGCCUGUACUAACCACCUGGAAGUGAUAACAGAAAAAACAGCUGCACUCUUGGUAGGAAGAAAUCAUGAACAAAAAUGAAGUUUUUGCACAGAUUCCUCUGUUCUGCUACAUUGCAUGUGGGAAAUAUUAAAAGAGGACAAUACAGCCUUUGAAAAGAAGUGAAACAAAUGCUCUAAAACCAGGAACUCUACUAGACUUACACUGACUUGAUGAUGAUUAUUACGAUAAUAUAUAUAGUAUGUAUGUAUAUAUAAUUAUUCUAUAUAUACAUACUUUGUAUAAAUUAAUAUUCUCUCAGUAAUGAUUAAGAACUUUCUUUAUAAAGAUGGCAACUCAAAACAUGCAUUCUGAAAGAAAUCCCUGGUUGUUCUGCAUAUCAUUUAUUUCCGACAAUAGCCUGUCCCUAGCUCCCUUUAAUCAAUGAGGUGUGGAUUCUGUAAAAGCGUGGUAGUGGCGAGUGUUAAUAUUGUCACAAUAAUGGUUCAGAUUCUUGCUAGUGAAAGAAGAGCAACUAAAAAAAAUAGCAAUACAUGGACUUGAGGUUAUUGUUAGUUAAUGCAGCUCAUGAUUUAUAACCAGUAUUAAGAAACUGAAAAGCAGCUUUUUAUAUGCUGAGGGCUUCGGUUUGGGGUUUUUUUAUUUCCUUUAAGUGUUUUGAUCUGCUAACUCUUUAAAGGUACAAAGUUUCAUGGACUGAGGGAGUGUUUGAAAUGGUAUACUGCUGAUGCAUAAUUUCACUAGCCAUUAAUUUUUAUUUCAAGAUAAUGCAUGUCUGUAUAAAAACAGACAGAACAACUACAUGUUGUAAUAAAUCUCAGUGCUUGAAGCUGAUGAUAAAUCUUUAUUUGCACCAGAAUCUCUUUGUGUAUUUAUGCAUGUAUAUAAGUACAAUAUCUGUAUAUUUUUGUAUAUUGUGUGUGCACUGUAACAAAAAUAUUGUUGCACGUGGUAAACUGUUUCUGGUAGCUCUGAUAACAAAAGUUAUGAUGAAUAGCUACCAAAAUGUAUAGAGCAAAGGUUAAAAAUAGGUAUUUCAGUCUUUUAACAGCAUAGCAUAUAAAUAAAUUAGUUGUGUCUGUGAUUGGCUGCUGCUUCCACUUGCAUUUCCACCAGCUAUUGGGCAGUUAUUUAUAAAUGUCAAUGUGAAGUUCUGGCUGUCUUUAUUCUCCUUUCCCCUCCUCCCUUUUUUUUGGAUGGUGGAGUCUUGUGGAGAGAAAGACGAAGGAGGCUGAGAGUUGGCAAAUGUCUGUGUAACCAUAAUGCACUCUAAUCUGGAUGCUACUGGUGCAGUGAUACCAAUCUGCCUGCCACAGCCGGCCACGUGCUUUGCCCUCCUAUGUGGCAGGCCACUAAAGUGCAUGUAAAGUAAACUUAACUUCUCCCUCUCUUUUUAGUUUCUUGAACACAUAAAACAGACCACCUGCACCACAGAAAAUGUUGGUCCUUUUCCUGCUUUUGAAGGUCCUCCUAGAAGAGGGCAGCUGCUUGCCAGCUGCGGUCUCUGGGACAGUUGGUGCUGGUGACUCCCAGUCUGAACACAGUCCGGCAAAAGCAGUUUGGGCUGGGGAGAGAGGGCGGAUGUGGGCUGGGCUGACCGAUAUCCUUACACAUGGUCUGGGAUUCAUCCUUGCAAUAGAGAGUGAAAUAUGUAGCCUGAAUGAGUCACUCCAAGUGUAAUCCUCAUCUUGACUAAUAUCGUAUAUUCCAUUAAAAUAAAGACUAAAAUCCAACUGAUUCUCUGGUCAGUAGACUUGAGUCUUCUCACUGGCCUCUACAAAAGCAUAUUCAGGUUGGCUUUUGAAAUAAGGCUAAGAAAAGAUGACUACUGCAAGACAGUAAAGCUCAUCUAAAUCCCAGGUCUCAUAGGUUUUGGGGUCGGGGUUUUGUGUUUGGUUUGUUGAUUGUGUUGGUUGUGUUGGGGUUUUUUUCCACACUUUUUUCCUGAGUCUUGCUUGUAUAUUUGAACCUUGAUGGGUAAGCUACUCUUAAGCAGAUGUGUGGUCAGAUAUUAAGUGUUGUUUUAAUGAUGUGAUACUUAGUGGGUGGAUGUUCCUGGCUUUACCCCCAGCUGCCUGUUGGGGGUAAAUCAGGAAGCAGUGACAGCCUUAGGAACUAUCAGACUGAAAUAAAUAGUAUUUGUCGUAUGGUUUUAUUUCUUGCAGAUAGGCAACACAACAAGAAUACUCUGAUAGAAGGAAAAUGAAGCUUUCUCUAACUUUCGUUUCCACUGCUUGUAAUUAAUUUCUUUAGUAGCUUGGACAAAGGAUGUUGCCGUAGUCUUGUUCUGUCUCAACAGCAGUGCUAGCGAGGAUGGCUAUGAUAGAAUGAUUACUGCUUCCCUUCACCUUCUUUCCUGUUUGUGCAGCCUACACUGGUGGGACUUUAUAGGGAAGAGGUAUAUCGAGAAGUGCAGAUUCUGGUAAAAAAAGUCAACUUCACACUGUUACUUUUGGAGUAUGUAGGAGUCAUAACUUACUAACUGAGCUACAGUGACUUUCAGUCUCCCUUUUAGAAAGGCUUAAUGUGAAAGCAAAACCAGCUCUGGGUUAUUAGUACUUAUUGCUGUAGAAGGCUUUGGAGGCUUAAUCUAGGGAAUACUUUUUAGCUGUAAUUUCACAAUGAACCAAAACUGAUGGUAGUAUCUAAAUAAUCUCGUUCUUCCAAACUUGUUUGUAGGCAGUACUCUGUGUUGGCAGAGGUGUCUUCACAGCUAGGCAGCAAGUUGAAUCCGGGCCUCCCAGAACACAGAAGCUGAUGAGGCAGAAUAGGAACGGCACUACCUGUACUAUUACUAAUAUUGAAUGUUCUUACUUGAGCUUGCACUUUAUUACCCAGCAUAAUAAUGCAUCUCUUCCAGUCCUGACUUCUGAGAAAUUGUCAUCAUGUUAAAUCAGUGGAAGCCUUGUUAUUGCUUUCAAAGAAUAAGGAUUUCUGUCCCAGUGUGUGGCAGAUAUAUUUCAUUCACAUACAGUAUUUGCAGAGCACUGUUGUAUACGGAAAAUAUUUUUGUAGCAGAGCUAUCAGUUUAGAACAAGCAAAUCCUUCUCUCUGGUCACAGUAGUAUUGGGAAAGCAUUAUUUCAAAUGUUUUACUUGAGGAUGAAAUAUCUCUAAAAUAUCAGGUAAGUUAUCAUUACUAUCUCAAAAUCCAAACAUUAAAGUAUUACUAAUUGGGAGGAAAAAAAAAAAAAGAAAAAGCUCCGACAGGAAUCUUUGACUGUGUAGUACUUAAUCUCUGAACUAGAAUUUGGAUUUAAAUGCUGAUGUUACAUUUUCCACAGUUAUAUCUCCAACCAACGUAUUGCUAGUAAUUUACCCUGCUGACCCAAAUUUGAAUUCAGUAAUGCAGUGUUCUUCUUUAAAGAACAAGAAGUCAAAGAGACUGCAGAUAACAGUGACCCCUCUCUUCCUGAUCUCAUUCCACUUUCUUUUUAAAAACAAUAUACAAGUGAUUAGAUACAUCAGACUGCUUUCUCCUCAUUUCCUUUUCCAACAGGCUUUUUGCAGAGGUUGAAGUUUGAAGGCCUAACUAUAUUUUCACUUCUAAUACAUGAAAAACCAACGUAUGUGAAGGGAGCUUUAAGGAGCAAAAACUGAAGUAACAUGAAAUUCUAGAUGACUAAGACUGGCUUUCUGGUUAUCAGUAACAAACAAAUCAAAAAAAAAAAAACAACCCUGUAAGCAAGCAGGAAGUCUUCAUUUUCUAUGAAGAACUUGAGGCCUCAUGUA